AAUGAAUAUAAUAUAUUUCAGACUACUAGGGGUUGAAUGAUUUUGUUGGUCGUUUGCAGGGUUGUAUGCUCGUUUAAUGAUUUUUAUUUCUGGCCAAAUUCGUUAUUUGAACACGUAACGUGCUCAAGGAAAGAAAUAUAAAAAAAACUAUUACGACAAAAUAGUGCCUUAUUUUGAGUUUUGUGCGAAUACAUUUUUUAUUUAUUUUUAUAAAUAGAAAAAAAAAACCAAUACGUAAUUGAACUUUGGUCAUAUCAACAAAAAAUAAACGUCAUUUCCAGAAAAAAAAACAUAACUGUGAUAAAAUUUUUAAGCAGAAUCCUUUUGAAAAGUUUUUCCAAAUCAAUAUGAAACAAAGUGUGACUAGAAAAGUGGGUAAAAAACCAAUAUCUCAUGAAAGGGUGUGGCAAUUAUUUGGACCACAAGCCACUUUGGAGGAAAUGCGUCUUGCUGCUUCACGCAUAUGUCGUGAUUACUUAAAUGGACGUUGGAAGGUAGUGCCAGCUGAACAAUUGAUAUUCAAAAGAAUCAGUGGUGGUCUUUCGAAUUUUUUGUAUUAUGUAAGUCUGCCACCACAGCAAGAUAAUGCUAAUGAGUCGGUAGAUUAUCAGGCACCACAAGCAAUGGAAACCUCUUUGGAUCGUGCCACUGCAACUGCUUUACUCACCUCUGUAGAUGAUGAAAAUAGAAAUGAGCCCCAUUACAAUGAAUUGGUGGCAGCAGUGGGCGAUAUGAAUGGCAAUAAACGUAAAAGAUUUGACAGUGCCUCUUCUGGCUGUUCAGCCGCUUUAAGACAAAAUGAACCCGAGGAAGUACUCUUACGUAUAUAUGGUCAAUCGCAUGGCGAAGAUGCUCUCGAGGCUAUGAUUACCGAAUCUGUAGUCUUUGCUUUACUCAGCGAGCGUCAUUUUGGUCCUAAACUUCAUGGUAUAUUCCCCGGAGGUCGUAUUGAACAGUAUAUACCCGCUAGAGCUUUACUUACAACUGAACUCUCCGAUCCCAAGAUUUCGCUUAAGAUAGCCGAAAAAAUGGGUGAAAUUCAUGGUCUUAAUAUACCUAUGUCCAAAGAACCCGACUGGGUUUGGAAUUGUAUGAAUCGUUGGCAACGUCAUUUGCCCGCAAUUUUAAGUCGUAACGAUUGGCAAGAGAAUCAAAAACAUGCCGAAUUUGUACGCAAUUUAAAUUAUGCCGAGGAAACUAAAUGGCUUAAAUCGGUUAUUGAUCAGGGACAAUAUCCUGUUCUAUUUUGUCACAAUGAUUUUCAAGAGGGUAAUAUAUUGUUAAGAAGUAAUAGUUCAUCUGAAGAAACAAAUUUAAACGAUUCUCUUAUGGAUACAAAUAAUGAGGAGGGUGAUGUUUUAAAUAACAAACGCUCCAGAACUGAUCUUAAUACAUCAGCAGAUUCUGCACUUUGUUCACAGGAUUCCGCCGAACCAGAUCUAAUGAUUAUCGAUUUUGAAUAUUGUGCCUAUAACUACAGAGGUUUUGAUUUGGCAAAUCAUUUCCUUGAAUGGACCUUUGACUAUAGUAAUCCCGUGUUUCCUUUCUAUCAUCAUUACAAACAACAAUUUCCUAAUCUCGAACAGAGACAACAAUUUAUAAGAUCCUAUUUGAAGAGAUUAAAUGAAAGUGAAGAUGAUUGGGAACCCACACAAAAGGAAAUCGAUGAUGUUGAUAAUGAAAUUAAAUUAUUUAAAAUGUUCUCGCAUCUCUUCUGGAGUUUGUGGUCGGUGGUAAAUGUGACCUCUAACAUAGAAUUUGGUUAUUGGGACUAUGCUAUUACACGUAUAAAUGAAUAUUUGCAACUCAAAGAGAAUUUCAUUGCUGAAAAUACUUUAAAAGUUUGAAAAACUUCAAUUCAUAUAAAACGCAAAAGGCAGUGCAAGUAUUUUCAUUAAUAAUCGAAUUUUUUUUAGUAUUCGAAAUUCAUACGCAUUUAGACUUGUAAGAAGUAUGUUCGAGACAGGGUCUAUAUACAUAAGGAAACACAUAAAUAUAUUUGGAAAUGUGUUUAUCUUUAAGGUUUUUUUCAUAAAUUAAGACUAUGUCUUUUUGAUUUUUGUCAUUUUAUAGAAUUUAUGCAUAUUUAAGCUAACAAAGAAACAAAAAAAUAUUACUAUUAUGGAAUAGUGCUGUGAUGGUUUAUCAAAUUUCUAAGACUUUAAUUCUCCUCUACCCCCUCUCCCCAUACUUGAUAUUUUUAUUUUUACUAUUAUUAUAAUUAUUAUUAAAAUUGUUAUUUUUAUAAAGCACCAAGUAUUAUUAUGAAUAUGAAUUUGUUUUACUCCUUUUUCAGAGUUUACACUUAAUCAUCCUUACCCUUUUUCUUUCUUGUUUUAUUUUUUUAAAGUGUUCACAUUUUUUUUAAUAAUUUACUUAAUUUAGCUAGUUGAUAUAUUAAAUAAUUAAAUAAACUAUUUUUGUUAAAAAAA